AGAACGCUACCAAGAGAGGAAGACCCGAGACGUAGAAGCACUGUUUCUGACGGUCAGCAGGUGGAUGUUGAGCUAUGGGUUCAGAGUCAGUGAAGGUCGUGGUGAGGUGCAGGCCGCUGGAUGACAGGGAGAAGACUCUCGGCUGUAAGAUGGUUCUGUCCAUGGAUGUCCACCGGUGCCAGUGCUUCAUUGAAAACCCCGGGGCAGUGGAUGAGCCACCCAAACAGUUCACUUUUGAUGGGACCUACUACAUUAAUCAAACUACUGAGCAGCUGUACAACGAGAUUGCCUAUUCUUUGAUUGAGGGUGUUACUGAGGGAUACAAUGGCACGGUUUUUGCCUACGGGCAAACUGGAAGUGGAAAAUCUUUCACCAUGCAGGGGGUGUCUGAACCUGCAACUCAGAAAGGUGUAAUACCACGAGCUUUCGAACACAUUUUUGAGAGCAUUCAGUGUGCUGAAAACACAAAAUUCCUUGUGAGGGCCUCGUACCUGGAGAUUUACAAUGAGGAAAUAAGAGACCUUUUGGGAAGUAACACCAAACAGAAACAUGAGCUGAAAGAGCACCCGGAACAUGGGGUGUAUGUGCGGGACCUCACCAUGCACACGGUGCACAGCGUAGGGGAAUGUGAAAGAAUCAUGGAGCAAGGCUGGAAGAACCGGGUAGUGGCUUGCACGCUGAUGAAUAAAGACUCCUCCCGCUCCCACUCCAUCUUCACCAUCCGUUUGGAGAUCUGCAACACUGAUGCAGCCGGUCAAGAUCGUAUACGAGCAGGCAAACUUAACCUUGUAGACCUGGCAGGAAGUGAGCGUCAGUCCAAAACCGGUGCCACUGGAGAGCGACUCCGUGAGGCCACAAAGAUCAAUCUCUCCCUCUCAGCUCUGGGCAAUGUCAUCUCUGCCCUGGUGGUCGGCCGCUCCAAGCACAUACCCUACCGGGACUCCAAGCUGACCAGACUGCUGCAGGACUCUCUGGGAGGAAACACACGGACAUUGAUGAUYGCCUGUCUCUCACCUGCUGAUAACAACUAUGAGGAGAGCCUGAGCACUCUGCGCUAUGCAAACCGGGCCAAGAGCAUCCAGAACAGACCUCGAAUCAACGAAGACCCCAAGGAUGCUCUGCUGCGAGAGUAUCAGGAGGAGAUCAAGAAGUUACGGGCCCUCAUCUUAGGCCAGCUAGCUCUUCUGACUAGUCAGCCUGCAGAUGCUCUUUCAAGGUUGCCGCCCAACACUGAUGAAACAAAGGAAAAGAUUAAAGAGGAGUACGAAGAAAAGCUGGCAAAAUUGCAGGCCGAGUACAAUGCAGAGCAGGAGUCCAAAGCAAAGCUGCAGGCAAACAUUAUUGCUCUGCAGCGCUCAUAUGAAUCAAAGCUGUCUAAUCUGGAGAAGACCAAAGCCAGCAGGGGGCGCUCUGACCCUAURAAAGUGAGCUCCAGCUGUAAAGUUCAAGAUGAAGAGAAAGAGAGCACACCCAACACUGAUAAAAUCAGUCUCUCUACAAGUACUUCACUGGGAAAGCCUGAUGCRUCUUGUGCUGCAGUCAGCGCUCAAAAAGAUCCAAUUGGAAAUGAGCUCACCAACUCAACUGAUACCAAAUCAAAUGAGCCUCUGGACCAGAAACAUGUUCUGGAAAGACUACAGAAACUAGAACAGGAAGUAAUCGGAGGGGAGSAGGCCAGGAACAAAGAGUUACAGCAGAGACAUCGGCAGAGGAAGAAGUUCGCAGAUCAGAGAAAAGCCCAGCUCAUCAAUGCACUGUCAGAAGACAGUGAGGAGAGUGACAGUGUGUUAUUGAAAGUGUACAAUUCAAUCCAGGAAGAAGUUCAUGCCAAAAGCCAGAUACUGUCCAGAGUCCAGGGUAAGUUGAAAGCAGCCAAACUGGAGAUUCGCGACCUGCAGGCGGAGUUUGAACUGGAGAGGAACGAUUAUCUGGCGAACAUCCGCCGGCUUGAGAGGGAAGGCCAGCUGCUGAACAGCCUGCUGGAGCGCAUGGUGCCACUGGUACGCCGAGACUGCAACUACAGCAACCUGGACCGCGUGAGGAAAGAAGCUGUUUGGGAUGAGGAUAGUUCCACCUGGAAGCUUCCAGAUGUGAUGGUGCAGAAAACAACUCUCCCUUCAGCAGUGACUCCAAAUCCUUCAUCCCGCAGAGAUUCAGGUUCUGAUCAAGCAGAGUCGCUUACGGUUGAAGAGGACAGGUACAAGGAAAUGCUGAAUCGCAAAGACAGUGAGAAUGUUGCCAACAACUACUUUAAGUCAAAAAGAGCCAGUCAGCUGCUGAGCGGUGAUGCUGUUAAAGGACAUGGCCACCAUUCUGUGAACGGUAURAACCCCUCUACCAGAUCAGACCCUGUCCUGCCGCGGCCCUUUCGCCUAGAGUCUCUGGAAGUCUCKGUGCCCAGCGGGAAGGCGAAGCGCAGAAAAAGCAAGUCUCACAUUCACAGUGAAGGGACAUAAAGGGACUUUGGUGUUUCAAACAGGAAGUUCACCUCAUAAACAUUUGAUUUUGACUCAAAAGAGUUUGUAUACUGGGAUAAAAUAAAAUAUUGAUUGCUAGCAACCAA